AUGGUUCCUCUUCCUGCACCAAGAAAUGAUGGUAGAGGUCAAGACAUGGCAGAAAGGACAAGAGCGGCUUUACAUGAGGAGCUUUGCAGGUCGGAUAUGAAUUCUCAAUCACAACUGUCAGAUGACUCCUUUCCUGCUCCUAUAACUCCACCUCCAAGGACUGCUACCCCUCCUUUGAAUUCUGCAGAGCUUGCAGCUGCAAGACUUUACCUGUUCCCUUCAAGAACAGCUACUCCUCAGAACUUGAUGGUUGAAAAACCUCAAAUGGCAACUCUUACACCACGUUUCAGGUCAGAAUCUCAUCUCUCUCCACCAAUUGCAGAUGAAGUCACUUCUAGAUUUUCAAGAAUUUUAGAGAUUGGUGAAUCAUCAAGAAGAGCUGAGAUUGGGGAAGGUUCCAGGCCAACUGAAGAAGGUGACUCAUCUAAACGCAAGACCACACAAGUUGAACAGCCAGAGGCAGUUCGAAGGAAUCAAAAGCAGAAAGUAACAGAGCUUAAAGAAGGAGGGAUUCUGAAACCUCCAAAGAAGCGCAAGGGUUUGAAUAAUUGGUAUGCUCAGGAUUUUAUUGGAGUAUUUGCAUACCUAAUGGUUAGUGUGCAGCAAUUCCGUUUGAAUAGACUGGAGAUUCAAGCAGAAAUGGAAUCUGAAGAUGUAGCUGCAACCUUUUGGAUCGAUGAUGAAACUCACGAUGACUUUUUUGCGUCUAGCAAGUCUGGAUGGUGGUGUGAUCGUGGUGAUUUGGUUGUUGGGUUUAGGGAUUUUUUUUACUGGGCAGCUAUUUUAGGUUAUUUGGAGAAGUGA